AUUUAAUAGUAAACUUAAAUUGAGUGUUAAUUUAAUAAUAACAAAAAAAAAAAAAGCAUAACAGUGAAUGGCAUUAAUUAAUAUUCAAGAUAUUUUACGUAAACAAAAUGUGAGAUUAAUAAACAAAUGUUAAUAUCUGAAGACAAAACGCCGAAAAACGAGGAACACCUAAUAAGGUGCAUCUAUAAUGUCGAUUAAUAUUGUAGAUGAGCCUAAUCAAAUCGUAAUAUCUGAAGACGAAUCACUGCAGGACGUUGUAUUCUUGCCGACUGACAAAAGAGAAUCAAAAACACCAGAAGAUGAAUCUAAUGAAAAGUCAAAAAAUUCAACAAAAUUAAGUCAAGAUGAAGCUGAUAAGAAUAGUUCAAAUUUUUUGGUAUUAAAAUCUAUAAAAUCUAAAAAACUUCAGGAUGAAACUAAAAUGAUAUUAAAUACAAAAAAUUCAACUGACGAGUCACAGCAAGUUAAUGAUGAGAGGUCGUUUAAUUUUCUCGAAUUACCUGAUUCGGAAGAAACCUUCUAUUCGAGUUCAUCACCAAAAGAAACCGAAGUACAAAAAACAUUUGAAGAUCCGAUGGUAUUAAUAAAUACCCCUAGAAAGUGCCCCAUUGCACAGGAUGGAAAAGUAUUAUUUGUGCCGUUAUUAACGAGCACCCAAAAUAUAGGAGCUGUCGAAGGUACUCAAACUGAAACACCAUAUUUGGAGCCAAGUAAAUGUUUUGGGAGUUUAUUUGUCAACUUUAAUACACCAGCAUUUGAAAUUAAUAACUUAAUCGAGGAAAAUCAACAAAAGAAAAAUUUUGAAGAUAAAAAUGCUGAUAAAGAAAAUAUUUUCGAUACUUCAUCUUUACAAGACGUCGAAGGAGAAGAUUUAAUAAAUUAUUUCUCAAUUAAACGUCGAAAACCAAAUACAUCGGAGAAAAAUAAAGAUGCAAAAACAUCUGAACAUAUUGGUGAAAAAAAUGUUAUAAAUUUAGAAAAAACGCAAUCGAAAAAUACAAAAUUAAUUCGAGAAGAAAAUACUAAUUCGAACAAUUUGAAUCGAAAUCAGCCGAAAAAUAAAGAAGCAAAAACGAACAUAGCCUUUGGAGAUGAUUUAAAUGAUGUUCCAAUUAGAGGGCGAAAACCAAAUACACCGAAGAAAAAUAAAGAUAGAAAAACUAGUGAAGUUAUUGGAGAAAAAAAGGUGUUAAAUGAAAGCACAAAUUUGAACAAUUUGGAUCGAAAUCAGCCAAAAAAUAAAAAAUCAACAACAAAUAAAGUCCUUAAAGAAGAAAUUGUAGUAAAUUUACAAGAAAUACAAUCGAGUAAUAUAACAUUAGCCCGAAAAGAGAGUAAAAAUGCCAAAAAUUUCGGUGGAAAUCUAUCGGAAAACACUCAUAAGACAAAAGGACAAACAAAAGAUAAAAAAUUAUCAAAUAAUAUUCAAGCGACGAAAUUGAAACAAACUGAAGAUAGAAAGAGAAAUUUUGAACAAACUGAAAAUUUAUGUGGGUCUAGCUUUAAGAAAGAAAUAUCAGGAAAUUCGAAGAUUAUUAUAAAACUUAAUCCGGAAUCAGAAAGUGGUGUAAAGGAAAUUCAUUAUAAUUUAAACAAGGGCGAUGUUAUCGAAGUUCAACCACUGACAGAAGAAGCUUCAGCGAGUACAUUAAAUAAUGACUUUAAUUUGAUCCAAAUCGAAAAGGCUUUUAACAAUAUCGAAAAUCAAUUGAAUAAUUUCGAUAAUAAUGUAAUACCAGGCCGAAGUGGAAAAAAUCCCAACGAAUUUGAAUAUCGACGUGUAAAAUUUAAAUGUUUAAAUUGUCGACAUUUGUGCUUACACAAGAUCAAAAAACGUAUCGGAAAAUCCAAGCAUAUAGUUGUCUGCUCUUGUGGAUGCAGAAAUUUGAUAAGAUUUAAUCCUGAAAAUCAAUUAGAUUCAAUUUCUAGAGUUACAAAUUUGUUACAGUAACUUUAUACAUUACAGUUUUUAUGAUGUUGGCCCAAUCGAAGUUUGUGAUCUCGGGCGCCGAACGCAACUUUGUCAAAAAUCGAAAAAAAACCAUGAAAAUUUCGGAUUUUGGCGAUAAAACCUUGCUACAAUAUGCGAUUAGAAUCGUCCCCGUAGAUCUAUUAGUUUCUGCGAUAAAUUCAAAUUUAUCUUUUGUUCGAACUUUGCAAUUUUUUGCAAUAUUCUGUCGUUUUCAAUGAAUUUUAGCACCGAGCAACACUAGCACACUGCUUCGGAGGUAAGUGGAACUACCUCUCGCUAGAGUAGUUUGAGUGACAUCUGAAAUAUUGCAAAAAAUUGCGAAGAAGUUUGAACAGCUUUAUUUUGGAAACUAUUGGGUCUAUAGGGACGAUUCUAGUAUCAUAUUGUUUCAAAUGAAAAGAGACUUCGAAAACUAACCUUUUAGAGUUUUAACCGUCAAAAUCAUCAUACUUAACUUUCGGGGUUUCUUUUCUAUGGCCAAUGCUCAUACUGUGAAAACUCGUUAAAAGUCGAAUGAAAUUUAAUUCUAACAAUUAUUAAUUACGCAAAGCUUUGCUGAGAUGCGGGAUGGCAACCGAUAGCAGGUUAUAUGCCAUAUUUAAAAAAAAUUAUUCUCUUAAAAAUUAUAUUCAUUUCAUUCAGGGCUGUCAGAUGGAAUAAUUGCAUAAGAAACCAGAAUAAUUUAUGUUAAAAUAUUUUACUAAAAUGAAUAAAAAUGAUUUAUUUUAGUUAUUUUCAUAUUCUACGUAAUUUAAAGUGAGUAAAAAUCAAAAAUUAUAUAAUAAGGUUUGAUUCAGAAUAAUUUCAGUCACCAUACGGAAUA